CUGAAUAAUUUCGAGAGUUUGCAACGCGCGUAGAGCGAGAGGCGAAUGCGGAGACGUUGGACCAAUUCUACAGGAACGUGUUAAGAUAAACCGUUCCCACGAAUAAGUUUGCCUCCUUUUGUUUAUUCCUCUGAAACUAAAGAUACGAGAUCUGCUCCGUCUCUCCAUCUUCCUUCAGGUGAACGCAUCGUCGACCCUUUCGGUUUUCGGUUCGCUUUUCUGAGAAGUUCCUUUGAAGCAAAUCCUUGGAUCUCUGCUUAUUAGAGAGCACAAGGCUAUUCUCUUACUGCUAGAAGAUAAGAUGUCACUGACAGAGAUAGAUAAGAACGAGGUCGACAUUGUCAUAGGGGCACUUCAUUCCGACCUCACAUCGUUCAUGAACAGCUGGAAACCAUUAUUUUCCGGAUUCCAUCUUAUUAUUGUCAAAGAUCCUGAUCUCAAGGAGGAGCUCAAGAUACCAGAAGGCUUCGACAUUAAUGUCUACACAAAGUCUGACAUGGACAAAGUUGUGGGUUCAUCCAAUUCCAACAUGUUCUCGGGUUAUUCCUGUAGAUAUUUUGGAUAUCUUAUAUCUAAAAAGAAGUACAUUAUCUCGGUAGAUGAUGAUUGUGUCCCGGCAAAGGAUCCCAAGGGCUUCCUGGUGGAUGCUGUUAGUCAGCACAUAAACAACCUCACUUCACCAGCCACGCCUCUUUUCUUCAAUACCCUUUAUGACCCGUAUAGCGAGGGAGCAGAUUUUGUACGUGGAUACCCGUUCAGCCUCAGAAGCGGUGUCCCUUGUGCCGUUUCGUGUGGGCUCUGGCUGAAUCUGGCUGAUCUCGAUGCCCCGACACAAGCCCUCAAGACAGAACUGAGGAACUCCACUUAUGUUGAUGCUGUAAUGACAGUUCCGGCCAAGGCCAUGAUGCCCAUAAGUGGAAUCAACAUUGCUUUCAACCGCGAGCUGGUGGGUCCGGCUUUGGUGCCAUCUCUCAGAUUGGCUGGCGAAGGGAAAGUGCGAUGGGAAACGAUGGAAGACGUAUGGUGCGGGAUGUGCAUCAAAGUCGUAUGCGAUCAUUUAGGAUAUGGCGUGAAGACUGGACUGCCUUACGUGUGGAGAAACGAGAGAGGAGAUGCGGUGAAUAGCUUGAGGAAAGAGUGGGAAGGGAUGAAGCUGAUGGAGAAAAGCGUUUCCUUUUUCGAGUUCUUGAGAUUGCCCGAAACAGCACUCACAGUUCAAGAUUGUGUUCUUGAGCUUGCCAAAGCCUUGAAAGACCAGUUGGGUUCAUCGGAUCCUGUCUUUGCACAGGCGGCUGAUGCCAUGGCUAAGUGGAUCAAGCUCUGGACUGAGGCUAACCCGAGCAUAUAACUAACAAAUCAUCACGAGGUUAGACCCGUUUUCUCGUCCCUCCUUUAAAUAACGAUCAGCAACUUUCGGAUAUUGCUAAAGUCAUAUGCUUUCAAAGUUCUGAUAUCGAAUUUGGUUUAAUAACGUACCUUUGUCUUGUCAGACUUAUGUGAUGAACAUCUUAUCCUGUUUUCAGUGGAUGGAUUCUCAGGUUCAUGUUAUA